AAUGAUCCUGAUUUGAUGUUAACGUACCGAGACGGUACUGCAGCAAAAGAUAAUCCUUCAAUAAAACUUCAUCCUAAUUCAUUUUUAAUUCAACUCUAUUCAGACGGAAUUGGAAUAACAAAUCCUCUAGGUCCAAAGAAGGACAAACAUAAACUUACUUUAUAUUAUUUCCUUUUAGAAGAUUUACCAGAUUUUGUAAAAUCCAUGUUGCAAUCGAUUGGUCUAGUUGGAAUAUGUCCGACAAAAUUUUUAUCGAUACAAACAAAUCGUAUGAAAUUUUUUGAACCUAUUAUAAAAGAUUUGAAUCAUUUACAAACAACUGGUUUAGUUGUUCAAACAUUCAAUGGACAAUUACAUUUUGCAUUUAGCUUAUUCGCAGCUGACAAUCUUGCAUCUCACGAAAUUGGCGGAUUUCAACAAAAUUUUAAUUCAGGACAAUUUUGUCGAUUAUGUCACAUUUCUUAUAAAUUCAGAUUGAUUCCAUUAACAGAGAUUUCAUUUCUGCCACGCACAGUAACUACACAUGAUGCAUAUGUUUGA